CUCUCCCUCUCUCUCUCUCUCUGUGUCUCUCGCUCUUUCUUUCCUCGUGCCCGGUGCCCAGCUGGGGGGCCGAGCCGGGGAGGGCGAGAGGCGGAGACCCCCCGCGGCGAAUCUGAAAUGCCGCCUCCGGGCCCCGGUGGUCCCCCCGAGGGAGGCCACCAGAGAAAGCAAAUUAGUUGUCCCCUCCCCUGAGACAGUCAGCUAGUUGCCUCCCCUCCCCCCUCCCUCUCUCGUCACCAUGUUCCCCACUUUCGCCAACUCCGCUCGUCGUAUGACCGUCUCCGGUCUGUCCAACGGCGUCACCACCAACUCCGCUGUUGCCACCGUUGUCAAGCGUGAGAUGGCCACCCUCAAGGACCUCAAGCUGCGUAUCAACGCCACCACCAACAUCUCCAAGAUCACCAAGUCCAUGCAGAUGAUUGCCUCCACCAAGCUGAGCCGCGCCCAGCGUGAGAUGGUCACCGCCCGCAAGCACGGUGCUUCUCUGCUCUCCUUCUACAAGAACGCCGAGACCCAGACCGCUCAGGGUGGCGAGGGCAAGACCCUCUACAUCGCUGUCUCCUCUGACAAGGGUCUGUGCGGUGGUUGCCACUCUUACGUCUCUCGCUUCGUCCGCGACCAGCUCAAGGCCGAGGAGAACCCCGCCAACGCCGACGUCGUCGUCCUCGGUGACAAGGCCCGCGCCCAGCUCACCCGCUUCGCCCCCUCCAACAUGACCCUCUCCUUCAACCACCUCGGCUCCAAGCCCCCUACCUUCUACGAGGCUUCGCUCAUCGCCUCCGAGAUCCUCAAGCUCCCGAACGAGUACAAGUCCAUCAAGCUCGUGUACAACCGCUUCCAGUCGGCCAUCGCCUACGAGACCGGCUUCUUCCCGAUCCACACUCCCCAGGAGCUUGCCCAGUCCGCCAAGAUCAACGCCUACGAGGUCGAGGAUGACGCCAUGCAGUCGCUCUACGAGUUCAACCUGACCAACGCCAUCUUCUGCGCCAUGAUCGACGGCUACGCCUCCGAGACCUCCGCCAAGAUGUCUGCCAUGGAUAACGCCACCAAGAACGCCGGCGAGCUCAUCGGCAAGCUGACCAUCGUCUACAACCGCUCUCGCCAGGCCGCCAUUACCACCGAGCUGGUGGACAUCAUUACCGGUGCCUCGGCCCUCUAAAUGGCCUGUCCGACGCCUUGUCGUGUGGAUGUGAGCAUGAGCGUGAGCGUGAGCGUGAGUGUGUCUGUAUGUGUGGUGGGCCGCGCCUCCACGCGCCCGCGCGUGCGCCGGCACACCCGCGCGUCCCUCCCCUCCCCUUCUCACCCGGCGGUGUGUCGUGUUUCGGCGCGCGCGCACGCAUGCGAGGCAAGAACGCGACGGGCGGCCUCUGGGGCGGGGGCGCAAUGCAGCUGCCGCGAUGGUAGCCCCUCCCCCCGCCGCGCCGCACCGCGCCCGGGGCGAUGAGGGUCCAGAUGUGCAUGCACGCAUGGGCCUCUGGCGGUCGGCGCAUGCUCCGCGCCCCCUCUCCAUGUCGCUUGCCUCCUCCCGCGCACACACGCGCGCGCGCCCCAUCACUCAUAUUAUCGACUCGACCUGUCCCCCUCCCCCCCCCCCCUUAAAUGCGCUCAUGUGCGCCCCCUCUGCCUCUGCCUUCCACUUGGCGGAGCCUGCGUCGGCGUGUGUGGCCGCGCGCCUGGAGUUUCUGCUCUCUCCCCUUUCCCCACAUCCUCCCGUCCAUAUUUUACUA